AUGUCAGGAUCAGGUGCUUCAGGUAACAAAUUCCGUAUGUCUUUGGCUUUGCCAGUUGGUGCAGUUAUGAAUUGUGCUGAUAACUCCGGUGCCAGAAACUUGUACGUUUUGGCCGUUAAAGGUGUUGGUGCUAGAUUGAACAGAUUACCAGCUGCUGCUGCUGGUGAUAUGGUUAUGGCUACCGUUAAAAAAGGUAAACCAGAAUUGAGAAAGAAAGUUAUGCCAGCUAUUGUUAUCAGACAAUCUAAACCAUGGAGAAGAAGAGAUGGUGUCUACUUAUACUUUGAAGAUAACGCCGGUGUCAUUGUUAACCCAAAGGGUGAAAUGAAAGGUUCUGCCAUUACUGGUCCAGUUGCUAAAGAAUGUGCUGAUUUAUGGCCUCGUAUUGCUUCUAACUCUGGUGUUGUUGUCUAA